AUGCCCCGUGAGAACGCCGCCAUAGCCAUGAGCAUUCUUGACAACUACAAUAUAUCCCACAGCCAUCGAUACGAAUUCCAGAAUACAGCGCAGUUAAAGAACUUUUUAGAGAGAUCUUACCGUGCGUUUGAGAAAGGCACCAGCCCUCAGUUUGUCGGCGUGGGGAGCAUCGGCGUCGACAGCAUCCAGUGGAUAGAUAAGAAUCGGCGAGAAUUGCCUCCGAUGCGACUGCUCUACGAUGAAAUACAAAAAUGCCUCGUCAUCAAGUUCGCGAGCAAACCACACAAUGUGGCUUUUGCGGAAUUCCGUGCCAUGUUCGAAGAUGCAUACAGAGCCAAAGGGGUUUCGCGGUAUGAUAUAGUUUGCAUGGGUCCGUCUCGGUAUCGAGGUUCCAAUGGACGGCACAAGGAAGCCGAUGAAAGCUUCAAACCUGUGACUAGAAGCUUGGACGAUAAACCAAGUUUCGUAAUCGAAGUUGGGCUUUCUGAGUCGUUGAACCAACUUCGAAGUGAUGCGUUCCACUGGUUGACGAAAACCAACGGUCAGAAAAAUUAG